AUGUCCUCCCGUUUCGUUUCCGUUGGCGUCAUCAAUCCCUCUACGGGGGAGCACCAGCACCAGCACCAUCCACCCCAAACCCUCUCCCGCCAGCCGCCGCCUCCAAAAACCACUGAACAGAAAUCCCUUUACGAAGUCCUCCAAGCCAACAAGGCAGCCAAGCAAGCGGCCUUUGAAGAAGCCAACAAGAUCAAGAACCAGUUCCGCGCUUUGGACGACGACGAGAUUGAGUUUCUUGAGGGGGUGGCGGAGAGGAAGAGG